AUGUCCAUGACUACCACUUCCACCACUUCCUCCGCCUCAGCUACCUCCAGCUGCCAUGCCAAGUUGUACGAUAUCCCAACGCACGACGCCGCUUGUGCGAUGCCGAUGCAAAGCAACAACUCUGCUAUCAUGAGUAGCUGCUGCUCCGAGGCCUCGGUCGUCGAAUACGAUGGCUGCGACUACUACUGCCUGGCUCAAGGACAGAGCGUUGGCACCCUUGCAGAGUGCCUCCUCAAAGCCUCUGAGCCUGGUGAGGUCUGGUGCAACACCAAUGCCAAUGCUACUGCCACUGCAACAGCCACUGCUACUGGUACUGGUGUCGUCACCUUGAGUGCUACAAGCACUGAUGCGGACAGUACCACCUCGGGUACUUCGAGUAGCUCUACCGCAAGCUCAACUGCAAAUGCGGCUGCUGGUAUUGUUGCGCCUCAACCUCUGUCCAAGUCUGCUAUUGGAAUGGUGGGCAUGCUAUUGGCUGGUACUGCUGCAGGCCUUCUUCUCUAA